GUCCUAAUUAAGAACUGUCUAAUUAAAUUACAGCCUCGAGUUAACCAAUGGCGAUACUUGUUUCAUUAGCAAAGCAGGGAGAGUGAUGGAAAGAAAAUCCUUCCUGAUUGCAGGAUGGUGUCAGUUGGCUAAUUUGCAGCCUUCGAUAUCUCAAGUCAAAGUAAAGCGUUUUCAUAGUGUUAGAUUAGGAAAGGCGUGUGCAUAAGCUAGUGAUAUAGGUUGAGCUAAUCGUGGCUUUCUAUUGAGCUAUGCAAGUCGAGAACUGCAUCUCGCCAGCGAGUGAUCUCUCCAAGAAAUUUAUGAAUGUGGGCAGUGGCUUUUCGAGCUCCGAUGGAUCAGAGCUUUCGUUGCAGGACCAUCCUAUUAUAUCUGCAAGUGACAACCUGGAGAGAAGUUCACCUUUGAAAAAAAACUCUAGGGAGAUGACGAAUCAGUCAGAGGCAGACAAUUUUCCCGACUCCAAGGACGCAUCAGGGGACGUCCAGAGGGGCAAACUCUCUCCUGAUCUGCACGGAGUCUCUGACAUUCGUCAUAAUUUCGAUGGAUCUGCAGGAGAAAGGUACAUCUUUUCUCCAUCUACUCAGUCACAGUCAGUGUCAGCAGCUCCCAGUGCCAUGUUUCCUUACCCGAGCCAGCAUGGACCAGCGCACCCGGCUUUUUCUAUUGGAAGUCCCAGCCGUUAUAUGGCACAUCACCCGGUCAUAACUAAUGGAGCUUACAACAGCCUUCUAACCAACACGUCUCCUCAAGGCUACCCGGCAGCGGGCUACCCUUACGCGCAACAGUAUGGACACACUUACCAAGGAGGGGCUUUUUACCAGUUCUCUUCGGCGCAAGCAGGACUGGUUCCGGGGAAAGCGCAGGUGUAUCUGUGCAACAGGGCCCUGUGGUUGAAGUUUCACAGACACCAAACAGAGAUGAUCAUCACAAAACAAGGGCGACGAAUGUUCCCAUUUUUAAGCUUCAACAUUUCUGGCCUUGACCCAACUGCUCACUACAAUAUAUUUGUGGAUGUAAUACUUGCUGAUCCAAAUCACUGGCGAUUUCAAGGAGGAAAGUGGGUGCCAUGUGGAAAAGCAGACACAAAUGUAAUAGGAAAUAGGGUUUACAUGCACCCAGACUCACCAAACACCGGCGCGCACUGGAUGCGUCAAGAAAUAUCAUUUGGAAAGCUAAAGCUUACAAACAACAAAGGUGCCUCUAACAACACGGGACAGAUGGUGGUUCUCCAGUCUCUCCACAAGUACCAGCCCAGGCUCCAUGUGGUGGAAGUAAACGAGGAUGGGACAGAGGACACCAGCCAACCAGGACGAGUCCAGACUUUCACCUUCACGGAGACGCAAUUCAUCGCCGUCACAGCGUAUCAGAAUACCGAUAUUACACAACUGAAAAUUGACCACAAUCCGUUUGCUAAAGGAUUUCGGGACAACUAUGACACUGUCUACACAGGCUGCGACAUUGACCGCCUAACUCCAUCACCGGGUGACUCUCCGCGUUCACAGAUCGUGCCGGGUGCGAGAUAUGCCAUGCCUAGCUCUUUCCUGCAGGACCAAUUUGUCAGCACUUAUGCCAAAUCUCGCUUUCACCCUGGCGUGGGGACUGGUCCUGGCACGGAGCGCAGCGUCCCACUCGGCAACAGCUUGCUAUCCCCGCAGCAAACCGAGGAGCCCACUGUUGCCACCCCCCCGCAGCGAUGGUUUGUCACCCCUGCCAACAACCGACUGGACUUUGCUGCCUCGGCAUACGACGCCGCUGAUUUCGCCGGUAACGCAGCCACCUUACUGUCCUACGCAGCGGCCGGAGUGAAGGCUCUUCCCCUGCCGACUGCAGGCUGCUCCAACCGGCCUCUUGGCUAUUACGCAGACCCAUCAGGCUGGGGAGGACGCACGCCGCCGCAAUACUGCGGCGUAAAUAGCAAAUCUAGCUCGGUCUUUUCUUGCUGGCCCGCCAACUCAAUCGGCAGCAGAGCGGCCACCAACUACCUGGCCGAGGAGGGUGACUCCAUCACGACAGAGAGGUCACCGAUCGGCGUCUCGGAGGAGACCAAACCCAAAGACAUGACAUCAGAGUCGAGCUGGAUAGAAACGCCCUCCUCCAUUAAAUCAAUCGAUUCAAGCGAUUCCGGUAUUUUUGAACAGGCCAAAAGGAGAAGAAUCUCACCUUCUGCCACGCCGGUUUCAGAGACAGUGUCCCCGUUAAAAUCUGAGCUGCUGGCACCGAGAGAGUGUGAGAAGAACUGCACAAAGGACAUUGGUUAUUACAGUUUUUAUCCUCACAGUUAAAGAAAAGGUGAACGACACCUAUCUAUCUAUCUAUCUAUCUAUCUAUCUAUCUAUCUAUCUAUCUAUCUAUCCAUCUAUCUAUCUAUAAUAAUGAAAAAAUGAGGACUCCACCACCACAGUUAAUGCCCAAGGUGUAAAUACGUCCACUACUGACUACCCGGUCCUGCCAUGGGUGGGACGAAGUCUUUCCACGCUGUUAAGUCAAACCACUGUAAUUAUGAAUAUAAUGUGCAUAAUACUGAACAUUUGGUGAUGUGAUUGGAUGUACACCGAAAUAGAUGAAAUCCGAUUCAUAAGUAGUGCUUUGACAAGCGAACCCUCUUCUGUUAAGUAGCCUAAACUGUUAGUGAAAAAAAAAGAUAUUAUGUACAUGAAAUGUCCUUGUGUAGCAUAUACUGGCAUAAUAAUACCUGUCAGUGGGAAAAUGUAUUUUGUACUUUAUCAAAGCUGUAGGCUACCAAAAGUUUAUGACGUUACCGAUCAUGAUACAUGUGGUUAAAGAAGAUGUAAAUGUUGGUAAUGUAGACUUAGGGUCAUUUUUUUAUUGUUGGUUUCAGCCGGUUAUUUUUCAUAGCCUGUAUACUAUGCUGUUGUGAAAAUCUCUGUAUCUGCUGUAAUGUGACUGAA